AUGGGGGAUAUUAUCCUGUACAUUUUCUUCUCCCUUGUUGCCAUCCUUUCAUUCAUGCUGCUGAAGAAGCCACAGCAAAGAGCAAACCUCCCUCCAGGCUCAAUGGGGUGGCCAUACAUAGGAGAGACUCUGCGGCUCUAUUCCCAGAACCCAGAUGUUUUCUUUUCCACAAGGCAGAAAAGGUAUGGGGAGAUAGUGAAGACCCAUAUACUUGGGUGUCCCUGUGUGAUGCUGGCCAGCCCUGAGGCUGCGUGGUUUGUGUUGGUGACACAAGCCCACUUGUUCAAGCCCACAUACCCACCAAGCAAGGAACAGUUGAUAGGGAGAUGGGCACUUUUCUUUCACCAAGGUUCUUACCAUUUGCAGAUGAGAAAGUUGGUUCAAGGGUCUCUGUCUCUUGAUGUUAUUCGGAACUUAGUCCCGGACAUUGGAGCCAUUGCUGCCGCUUGCUUGGAGUCAUGGUCUGGGGGUCAUGUUAUAAGCACCUUCCAUGAGUUGAAGAAGUUCACUUUUGAUGUUGCAAUAUUGACCAUCUUUGGUAACUUGGAUACUUGGAACAAAGAGCAGCUAAAGAAGAACUACUUCAUACUGGACAAAGGUUACAAUUCUUUUCCUACAAGCCUGCCUGGUACUUUAUUCAGUAAAUCAGCCUCGGCAAGAAGAAGGUUGAGCAAGAUUCUCAGCAGCAUUAUUAAGGAGAGGAAGGAGGAGAGAUCAGUGCAGAAAGGUCUCUUGGGCUGCCUAUUGAACUCCAGAGAUGAAAAUGGACAAAUCUUAACUGAUGAUCAAAUUGCAGAUAACAUCAUUGGAGUAUUGUUUGCUGCUCAGGAUACUACAGCUAGUAUGCUAACCUGGAUUCUCAAAUACAUCCAUGAUGAUCCAAAACUUCUAGCAGCCAUUAGGUGUGAACAGGAGGCAAUAUAUAAAUCAAACGGUGGUGGGAAUCAGCCAUUGACAUGGGCUCAGACGAAAAAUAUGGCAGUCACACAAAAGGUCAUAAUGGAGAGCUUGAGGAUGGCCAGCAUCAUUUCUUUCACCUACAGGGAGGCUGUUGAUGAUGUUUACUACAAGGGAUACUUGAUUCCAAAAGGAUGGAAGGUAUUGCCUAUGUUUCGAAACAUUCAUCAUAACCCGGAUUUCUUUUCCGAUCCAUACAAAUUUGAUCCUUCAAGAUUUGAGGCUGGCGCCCUAAAACCCAAUACAUUCAUGCCGUUUGGCACUGGAGUGCAUUCAUGUCCUGGAAAUGAAGUUGCCAAGCUAGAGAUGCUUAUUUUCAUCCACUAUGCAGUCACCAAGUUCAGAUGGGAAGUGGUGGGAUCCAAGACAAAUGGGGUUCAAUAUCAGCCAUUUCCAGUACCUGAAAAGGGACUUCCUGCUAGGUUUUGGAAGGAAUGCUGA